AUGUGCACGAGCAAGCCUAAAAGUAUUCCUCUGCCUGAGCAGCACAUUCUUUGCUCAACACCAAACUCUGGAUGUCGUUACGUGGAAGUGAAAACUGGACGGAAGUCUUGGGAAAAGAGAACAGCGGUUUUGAUUCGAACCGACGAAGAACCGAAGCUCCACAUAUACACGUACUUCUUGAAAGGAAUUGGUGCAGGGAAACCGCUGAUAGGAAGGACGUUUCCAUUGAAUAGUCUGAAGACGUGCGAGGCGAAAAGAGACAAUAAUGGUGUGAUUACGAUGAAAUUGGUCACCGAUAGACGGAUGGAAUUGGUAUUUAAAACCAGUGGAAAUGAUGCAGGAUUGUGGGUUGCAGCUAUUAUGAGUUGUUCUCAAGCAUCACUUUGUCAUGAGACCCAUGCACCGAUUAAUGAUGGUUCAGCUUCGAAUGCCGUUCCAAAUAUUAAGGAGGAACCCGAUAACAAUGCGUACACUGGAUCCAGAGAAGGAUAUGUGUUACCGGUUCAAGAGGGAUCGUUGGAUGAGGAAAAGAAGAAAAAAGAAGAGAAACAAGAGGGCAACAAUCUAGCUCAACAGCAAAAGUCGGAUGAGAAAAAGCAGGAAUCUGGAAACAGGCUAACAAAAGUCAAUUCCAAAACAAAAACAAAGGAUUCAACAACAACCGAAUCGAAAAGAAACAAGGCCAAAGUGAAAAAAGGACCUCUGAAUCCAGACGCCCCUGCUGCGGAAGCUGUUAUACCUGUCCAAAAAACGGAUUCCGAACCGGACAACAAUUGUGAUCCACAGUUGAAAAAGACGCAGACAGAAACACAAGAAACUUCUGGAAAGGGUGCCGGGGGAGAGACCCCGAACAAAUUGGUGACGCCCAAUUCCACGACUCCAGCUGGAGCUUCUUUGACACCAAUUCCAGCGCAUGAUGCCAAUGCGAAAGAUGAACAUAAGAAGACGUUGACGAAUUCGGAUGAGAAUGAAGUGCCGGACAAGAAGAAGUGA